AUGUCAUCGUCGAUAGAACAAGAUAAAGCAAAAGAAAGAUGGAAAUUAUUACAAUCAUUUAUACUUUCUUCAAAUUCAUCUAGUGAUGAAAUUCUUGGAAAAGUAUCUAAAAGAAAUCAUCAAGAAUUCAAUUUAUUUACUAAACAAAAAUUAUCAAUUAAUCAUGACAAAACUUUUUUUUUUGAAGAAGGAAAUGAAGAAUGGUUUGCUUAUGAUUUAUUUGAUAAUAUUAAAAUAGACAUAAAAUCAACUUUUACUUCAAGAUAUUCGGGAUUUUUGAAUACUGGUAAUAUAUGUAUAUGGCCUGCUGAAGAGAUUUUGGCUUAUUAUUGCAUAAAAAAUCCUCAAUUAUUUAGUAAUAAAUCAAUAUGUGAAUUAGGUAGUGGUAUGAGUGCUUUGGCAGGUUUAACAAUCGCAGCAAAAUGUAAACCUAAAAGUGUCACAUUAACCGAAGGAAAUCCAGACUUAUUUUGUGGUCCACACCGUGGAAAUAGUCUAAACACAUUCAUCGCACAGUUAAACACCAUCAAUAAUUUUUGUGUUGAAUUAUUAGAAAGAUAUGAUGAAACUGAAGAGGAGGGAAAGGAUGUUGGAUUUAAAUUAUGCAAUUUGGCAAAUGGUUCACUGAUAAUAGGAAGCACACCAGAAUCGACAUUAAGAAAUCGAGUUGCAGACUCACCUCAUGUUCCAAUAUCAAGACCACAAUCACAAUCUUCUCUUGGCUCACCCUCUAAAACGUAUUAUUUAUCUCCUUUGGAACGUAAACUUAUAGCAGAAAGAGGGUUCCUGAAAAUAAAUGCCAUUAUGCUUCAAUACAAAUCAUCACUUCAAGUAGUACUUUUUAGUAAUUCUAAUGAUUAG